CUUUCUCCAACCGACUUCUCGAAAAGGUUCAUUACAUAUACGCCCUUUCCAUAUUGUUCCAACUCUUCGUUUCUUUAUAAUGUGAUGUAGGGUGAAAAACGGAAUUAAAUAGUUUCAGUUCUCUCUCUCUCCCUCUCUCACACACUCCGCUACAUCAUUAUCAGUUCUAGGGUUCUGAAAGGUAAUCAUAACACAAUGGAAGGGGCGAGAUCAGCAGAAUCGUUGCUCGACAAAAUCAAGCCGCCGCGGCUCGAGGAUGCCGGCCUUGAAGACUGCGCCCUGCCGCCGGAGUCCAUUAAAGAGGCGUUUCUGAAAGCCGCAUCCGCCGUUAGAUCACUCGUCUCUGCAUCCGACGACGAAGAUCAAUCCGGAGGCCGCUGCGUGGACGAUCCAUGGGAAGAUUCCUCCGAUGUUCUCGUAGGAAUAACCGAAGGCGUCACUGCUCCGACCGGGGGCUGCGCCACCGAGAAAGGCAGCGGAUUAACGGAGGUCCCAGGCGACGAGGUGUCCGUCAUCGGUGGCGAUGCGGAGUGCAAAUCGGAUGCGUUGGUCGGAACCGGCUUGCCGGAGUGUAGUGGAGACGCUUGCGUCGAUGGAUUGCAGGGGCUGGAAAUUGGCGAAAAGAGUAAGGGUAGUUUGGGAAAAAAAAUCGAGAGUGAGAAGGAUGACGUGGCAGACGAUGAAGACGAGGGGGACAAAGAUAAAACAAGAUUAGCGGAAGCCUAUGCUUGAAGAUAAUGCAAUUAACGUAAUAGAUAAGUCUAAUUAUAUCUCAAAAAUCGUGUGUAUUCAUGAUUAUUGUACUAGGGAAAUCUUGUACCUGUAUUAGCAAAAAACAAAUAGCUAGAUUUUUCUUGUACUCUUGCUUAUGUGAUUUAUCUUUUUAAGUAAA